GUUAUUUCGGGACGAAGGCGAGACAAAACCACCUCUUGCUGCUUGAGACUUGAAAGAUCUCGAAAAAUCAUGCGAAAUCAAAUUUUUUUGCUACGAUCAGAUAACCAAACACAAAGUUAUGUUCGUUCGAAAUUUUGCCUUAGGUUAGACGUACACCGCUUCCGACGCCAGCAAUGAAGCAUUCACUAGUUUUGACCGCGGUAAUGAAACAAUUCACCGCUUCUAACGCCUGCGGUAAAGUCCAAACAUGUGUAGAUUAACAAGAUUUCAUAAUACUUUGAGAAAUUUUUGUAAGGUGUGUACUUUGGGAAAAAACUUACCGGUCAUUGGUGUCCCAAAUUACUUCCAAGAAAGAGGUAUAGAAGGCUACAAUCCCCCGUGACCAAUAAUGGACGUGCGUCGCGUGUGGGGCUGUGGAAGUGGGAAUACGACUGGCAGACGGCAGUGACCGAGAAUCAAACGCCACUGCAGACAGAGCACCGCAAAAUUUACUCCAUUCUGCAUUGUGGGCGGCUUCUCGGAACCAUCCACCUUCUCCUUCAGGCCUUCACUCACUGGUUUUACUCUACUCUUUCUAGAUUCCCUUUCACCCACUGUCCCUCUACCUUCCACUCUCCCCCGCUGUUCCUUCUUCAAGCAGCUGCAGACUAGAUUGAUUCCUUCCGAGGUAAUACUUCUCUUUUCAACUUUCCACCCGUCUUUGUCGUCAUUUCCAGCCUCAAAGUUCUUGCCUUUGCGAUCUGGGUGGCUGGUAAAAUAAGAGAAUUUGAAUAAGAGAAAUCCCAACUUCAGACCACGAGGGUUUGAAGUUUAUGAUACCCCAAAUUCGCUUCAGUUCCACAGCGAAAUUGAAGUUAAUUUUCUUAAUUUAGAAGCCAAUACGAACUUUUGCGCUUCUAGGCCGCAAAACUGCGAUUUUUUUUGUUGACUUUGAAAGAAUUUUGGUAGCCCCAAAGUGGGGUGAUGGCGAAGUAGUGAUAGAGACAAAUUUGAUUGCUUGGAAUUAGAUUGCGCAUUGACAAACAAAGCCAUUUAGUGGCUGUUUUUGCUUGUCAUUAUUAUGUACCACUGUAUUUUCUUGUUGACACCUUCUGUUAUUGUGUGGUUUGUCAGACUUUAUAUAGGGUAAUGAUGACAUAUGCAAAACCUGACAAUUCUGUUCUCUGGACUCUAUUAACUGCGAACUGGGUCGCCCUUAUUUGUUCUUGGAUGUAGAGUUUUGCAUUAGAUUGUCAUUUGACAGAACGUGCUUGAGUUGUGAUUGCAGUGCUGAUGGGUGGGAAACUCUCUAAACGAUCAGCACAGAGACAACCUUCUCGUUCAUAUUCGCGGGGCAUUCCCAGUUAUUCACAGUCACCAUAUAAUCAGGGUUAUGCACCAUACCAGCAGCAAUAUCCAACACCUCCACCUCAAAGUUACAACAAUCAAGCCCAGGGUCCUAAUAAGAGGUUGGAAAGAAAAUUCUCAAAGAUAGAUGAUAACUAUAAGACGCUGGAGCAGGUUACUGAUGCUCUUGCACGUGCUGGCCUUGAAUCAUCGAAUCUCAUAGUUGGAAUUGACUUCACAAAGAGCAAUGAGUGGACGGGGACUAGAUCAUACAACAGGAGAAGUCUACAUCAUAUCGGAGAGGAGCAAAAUCCUUAUGAACAAGCUAUCUCCAUCAUUGGAAAGACGUUAUCUUCUUUCGACGAGGACAACUUAAUCCCUUGUUUUGGGUUUGGAGAUGCAUCAACUCAUGAUCAAGAAGUUUUCAGCUUUUACCCGGAUGAGAGGUUUUGUAAUGGAUUUGAGGAAGUUUUGGCUCGGUAUAGAGAGAUUGUCCCUGAAUUAAAGCUUGCCGGACCAACAUCGUUUGCUCCUGUAAUUGAGAUGGCCAUUACUAUAGUCGAGCAAAGUCAUGGCCAGUAUCAUGUUCUAGUGAUAAUAGCUGAUGGACAGGUUACCAGAAGUGUUGAUACUGUCAAUGGUCAACUUAGUCCACAGGAGAUGAAAACAGUCGAAGCUAUUGUCAAAGCAAGCGAGUAUCCAUUGUCAAUUAUCUUAGUUGGGGUUGGAGAUGGACCAUGGGACAUGAUGAAGCAGUUUGAUGACAAUAUCCCUGCCCGUGCAUUCGACAAUUUUCAGUUUGUCAAUUUUACUGAACUAAUGUCAAAGAAUGUAGACCGCACCAGAAAAGAAGCAGCAUUUGCUCUUGCAGCUCUGAUGGAAAUACCUUCUCAGUAUAAAGCUACACUUGAGCUCAAUAUUUUAGGUGCCUCCAGAGGGAAGGCCAUAGAUAGAAUUCCACUGCCUCCUCCCAUGUAUGGUGCAUCAUUCAGCAGCUCAAAACCUUCACAAUCAAGCAGUUUUGAACCAAGUGCUCCUUCUUAUGCUAGACAGAAUGAGUCUCACUCUGCAACGCAACCUCCUCCGAGUUCUGCAGAUACUAAUGUAUGUCCCAUUUGCCUUGCUGAUCCAAAGAACAUGGCUUUUGGUUGUGGACAUCAGACAUGCUGCGACUGCGGACAAGAUCUUACGUCAUGCCCCUUAUGCCGAAACUAAGGCUGUACUAAAAGGCUAUAGGCCUGUUGCAGCAAAUUAGCUGCAUCAGCUCGUAACAUGUUUGGCAUAAAAUGACAGCUUCAAGCCUGAAACAAUCUUGCUGAUCCCAUUUUGUGCCUGAACAGGAUGGUUUGAAUCAACCGUGUGAAUCAUCCAACCUGUCAGUUAUCUAUAUCACUAUAUGUAGCUCAGUAGCUCCAUUCUGAUGGAAGGGCAGAGCGCUCGAUGCACAUUUCUGUAGCCAAUGGACGCACAUGCUUCUUGUUGAUAUUCUAUAUAUAUAUCAAGAUUUUGCUUUGGGAUUCCUGUAAAUCCUAACCGUCUUCCAAGUUCUGAGUUCUCUGUGAUGAAAAAUGACAAUCAUAACUUGAUGUUGCCAGGGUUAUGCCCUCUUCUAAUACCCACAUGUGCCUGCAACCACAGCUUGUCCAAAUUGCAAUCUGC